ACCGCCGAUCUACUCGAUCCUCGUACGAAAAGAUUCGUUUUAAAAUUUACGGACUCGCUAUUUUCUCGAUAUAUACAGUUAAAACAUUAAAACUUGGAAAUGCAAUAUCGUCGGCAUAUUGUUUCGCCGGUCACAAUUAGGUCGGGUGGCGACACGUCCCGACCCUAACCGUUUCGGACGGCCGAGGCGGUAAAGGCAACCCGAGAACCGGGGUGGGAAUUUUCCGCGAAGAGGGCGAAUUUCCGGACCCGUUCCCCGACGCCGGUCACCCACUAGGAGAAUAAAAGUGUAAAGCCAGGAGGAAAAGGCUACCAUUCGUACGUAAUACGUUAAAUGUCGGGAUCCGAUUCUAACCAGAUUUAUCACGUAACGAGCUACGUUUCCUGUCUACCGCAUAUUUUAAAUCAUAUAUCGAGUAUGUGUUAUAAAAACAUUUUUAUCGCCUAUAAAUUCUGAAGAUGUCGAACGCUGGCCGACUUGUUAAAAAAAAUAAAAAUUUUUGUCGUCCCCACUUCGGAAAAACAAUUGCGUCUUUCGUUAUCGCUGGCAAUAACAAUAUAUUAAACAUAUGAAUUUAAAUGCGUAUUUAUUUAUUUUUAUAAUUUUCGUAUCAAUAAAUCAUGGUUGGAAUUACAAAACACGUAACGGUUAAAUUGUAAUUAUGUUGGACGAGAAGGCGGGUGGCCACGCGUCCUAUAUUUUCCGGAUGUGACCCGUUUGUAAAUAGGUCGAACGUCCGGGCCAGACAAUCCCCAGUCCGGAUUUUGGAGGUAACGUCGGCAUUUUCUUAUAUAUUGAUUAUAAAAUUAAGCGGUAAAUACGGUAAUCGUAUUACAUUUUUAUAUUUUUAUAACGUAAAAAGUUAUUUCGACACGACGACGAGAAAUUAGAAAAAGUGGAGCGAAUAAUAAACUGGCAACGUUCGAGCUGUAGGCGCCAUAUUCUUUAGACCUUUACGUCAGAUAUUCGACGACUGUUACCAGCUAAACUUAAAAUAUUAAUUAAAUUUCCGUGCUACAACAAAAGUUAAAAUGCCAAAAAGAAAAUGUAUCUUUAAUGAUGACUUAAAAAGAACAUAUACAACAUUUAAGAAGGGAAAAAAUGAUUCAGAAGUUUAUUGUCUAGUUUGUAAUUGCUUUAUUUCUAUUGCAAACAAAGGAAAAUGUGAUAUAGAGGUCCAUCUUGCUACAAGAAAGCAUCAGCGGAAUGCAAAUGCUACACCUAAUGCAUUAGAUUCCAUUCGUGAAUAUGUUGCUCUGUCAGAAAAUACAAAAUUUGUCGAAGCUGCAGAAGCAACACUCACUUUUCAUACAAUCAUCCAUCAUCACUCACUUAACUCCUUAGACUGUACAGUUGAACUGAACAGAAAGAUAUACUGUAAUUCAGAUAUUUCAGAAAAAGUGUCUUGCAGUGGGACAAAGAGUACGGACAUCAUAACCAAUAUUCUUGGACCAUUAUCUACAAGAAAACUUUUAGAAGAUUUAGAUGAAAUUCCAUAUAUUGGCAUAGCUAUCGAUACCAACAACCAUUUAGAAAAAAGUAUGCUUCCAAUUAUAAUACAGUAUUUUGAUUUUAAACGAGGAGGAAUCAAAAAUAAAAUUAUUGACAUUUCAUUUGAAAAUGAUCAAUCACUAAAUACAAUAUCUGAUAUUAUCAUAAAUUCUCUUAACAAAUAUGAACUGAGUUCUAGAUGUAUUUCUUUUUAUGAUGGUAACUGCAUCAUGAAUUUUGAUAGAAAAAUAAAACAGGAAUACGAUACCAUUUAUUCAAGGCUCAGAUUGCACAUCAACAACUAUAUAAUUGGUGUAGGAUGCCCAGUGCAUCUACUUAAUAAAGCUAUUCAUCGAGGCUGUGAUUUGUUAUCUGUAGAUAUUGAAGUAUUUAUAUUAAAACUAUUUAACUAUUUUUCUGUUUAUGAGGUUCAAACCAUACAUCUCAAAGACUUUGUUGAAUUUGUCAAAGUGGAAUAUAAAAAUGUUUUAUGUAACUCUAAAACAAGAUGGUUAUAUCUCUUGCCAGUAAUAAAUCGUCUUUUGUUUGUGUUCGAUGUAUUAAAAUCUCACUUUCUGUCGAUCACUGAUCCACCUAAUUUUUUAUUUAAAUUUUUUAAUAAUAACUUAAGUGAAGCUUACCUGCUUCUUAUUCAUUCUUUAAUGACAGUUUUUUAUAAUAAUAUUCAAAAAAUGGAAAACUUUGACAUUUCUAUUAUUGAAAGUGUAAAUAUAAUAAGUGAAAUUGUUAAUCUUUUACAAGAAAGAUUAAAUAAUAAUUUUAUGCCUAUGAAAAUUCAAAGCAUUUUGAAUUCUUUGAGAAUCAAUGGAUUAGGCAGCAAUGUUGAAGACUUUUUGAAAGAAGUUAAUGUACUUUACAAGAAAACAAUCAAUUAUCUAGAAUCAUGUUUAGAGCCUUUAAAGUAUUUUAGAAUGUUUUCUUGGAUGUGUUUUAAAGAUGAAAUCAAAUGGAAUGAAAUUACUCCUAGUUUACAAUAUCUUGAAGAAAUAGAAAUUAGCAUUAAAGAUUCAGAAUUUUUUAAUCAGUUUUGUGCUUUGAAACAAUUUAUCAAUAACUUAUCAGAAGAAGAAAGUAAAGAAAAUAUCCAAAAGAAGUGGACAAAAUAUUUUAAUGCUUGUUCAUCACAAGAACAAUAUUCUGAACUGUUGAAAAUUGCACAGUUUGUUUUUGCAAUACCAAACCAUAAUGCCGUUGCAGAGAGGAUAAACGAUAUGAUUGACGAACAGUGGACUCGAGAAACAAAUAAUCUUUCACAAGAAACCAUAAAGGAUAUAAUUUUAACAAAAUAUAAUUUUCAUGAUAUGAAUUGCAAAGAAUUUUAUGACUGGAUCAUUAAUCAAAUAUAUUAAAUCAAAUAAGAAGUGC